AUGUCAAGCCCAGAGCCAGACCAUUCACCGCCACCAGCCAUAAUGGCAACACCAUCUUCAUCACCACCCACAACUCCCACUACACCAGACUCCUCCACCCUGGACGACUCCAACCUCAGUCCCUCUUCGAUCUCCACAUCACCCUCAUCCACCCCCGAACCCAGCAAUGCCGCGCCGCCCAAGCCAUCCCCCUCACAGAUCGACUACCGCACACCGACCCCAACGGAACUCAACACCAUCAGCCAACGGCUCUCGGAUCUGCACCUCUCGCUCCAGCUCGCCACCAAGAUAACCAGCUACAUCACGCACAGAACCUCGCUCUUCUCUACGAUCCUCAACCGUCAGAAGACCAGGAAUGAGGCCACGCUCAAAAAGGGACUCAUUGGCGAACUGAGAAGGUUUUGGAAGGAUGGAGAGCUGGAUGUUGAUGAGUUUGGGAAGAUGUUUAGUUGUUUCGCGGACGGGAAUGAGAAUAGAUCGAGGGCUUUUGUGAUGGAGAUUGCGAGGUGUGAGGGUGUGAAGGAGUGUGUUGAGUUUGCUUGCCGCCAGCAUAUCAUCGAUUGCGAAAAGCUCAUCAGAGAUACCAUCAUCGAGCCGAUCACACAUGCUCUCGCACACAGGACGGUGCCGCAGUACAUCCAUCUCAUCUCCGCAACGCACGAGAUCCACCAGCAGACUGUUAAUGCGAUCAGGGAAUCGACCGUGCGCUUAAAGGAGCUCGUUGAGUUGGCGAAUAAGCGCUUGGCUGCAAUUCCGGAGGACGGUGAGGAGUGGGAUGACGAUUACCAUGCUUUUGCUCUUACAAAGAAGGCGGCGCGGGAGGAAUUUGCUAGGAGUCUUGGUAUGUGA